AUGGCUUCCUCGGAGGUGGACCAGAAGUUUCUCGGCAAACUUGCCAAGGCAGUUGAGCACGACAACCCUCUCCUUGCGUCGGUCUUGUUUAGGAUCCUUGGGCUUUCCAUCAACCUCUCGGCACAGCUGAUCAAGGCACGCAAGCAACGUCGACAGGAUGCUGCUCAGGAAGCCGCCGCCUUGGAUCUAACCUGCCACAUCGUCUGGUUGUCGCGCGAGGGACUAGUUCUACUGCAACAAUACGUCCUUCCCAUGGUCGGAAACUAUGUCGAGCUCAAGGUACUGGCGUACAAGCUACGCGCCUCCUUUUACCACAUAUUUGUCCUCUUUCACAACACCCCGCCCGUCUCCACCAUGGGUGUCAACACCCCUGAAGGCCAGUCAACAACAACAGUACCGGGUUUACCGGCCCGUGUCGACAAGGGGAAAGGACUUGCGACGGACGACCAAGACGGGAACCCAUCCAAGGGUGGUCCCGUCGGUCCUCCGCCGGGCUUCGGCCCAACGCCACCAACAGCGUUCCUCAUGAAACCGGGCGACUAUCUCCCGGAAGCGCACCGGUAUUUUCGUGAGGCCGUCCAGCUGGCCGACGAGUUAUUAUGGGGGUCGCACUCGCUCCGCCUGUCUGUCAAGACCGAGUACGCCGCGUUUCUGUACGAAUGCGUGCAUGACGCUGAGGGCAGCCGGAAGUUGGCCAAGGAUACCAUUGCGGAGGUCUACGAGGCCACCGAGGGCAUUGACAACGAUAUGUUCAACGACGCCUGCGAGCUGGUCACUGUCCUCGGCAAGAUGAUGAAGCGCGGGCUUGGGUCGAAUACCACACUGCGCAGCAAGGUGCACGGGUCGGGCUUGGAGACUCAAGGGACGCCGCGGGGUGAACAGAGCGAAGGGAGUGCGCCCCCGGGCAUGAUAUAG